AUGGGCUCUACGAUGGCUCAGACUGGACUCCUCUUGGUCCCUUCUGAUGCCCUAGGCCACACCUGGGCCUUACCUGGGGUCCUAGGGGCCGGGCAGGGACGCGGCUCGCGGGCAGCGCAACCGCCCGGCGCCGAGCCGGCGCUCACCGUCGACCGGGCGCGGACGCUGCUGCGCGGCGGCGCUGACUCUUCCUCCGGCGAGCCUUCUGCCCUCGAGCGGGCGCGCGUCCUCUGCUCGUGGAGCGAGUCGGAUCCGACCGCUGCGGCCAUCGGUUCCACAGUCGAGAUCCGCUCUCUCGUCUCGCGGCCGUCGCUCAACGGCAAGGUUUGCCUCGUCGUCUCCGCAAACGCUUCGACGGCCCGCUUCGGCGUGCGCGUGGCGGGCGAGGCCAAGGCACUCGCACUGAGGCGCGCUAUGCAAUGGUCUCCCCCCGACUCGCCGGAUCCUCUCUUGAACACCCGAAGCCGCUUCUCCCCGCCCUCAGAACACCCGAAGCCGCCUCUCCCCGCCCUCAGGCCGGCCAACCUGCAGCCAGCGGCCGAGGCGGUGGAGGUGGGCAGGCUGGUCCUCAAGGCGGCGGAGUGGUCGCCGCAGUCGCACGAGCUCUUCCCGGAGGCGGCUCGCAAGUGGGCGGUCGAGGUGAUGCGGCUGGGCUACCUGAUCGCUUGGGACGAGGAGCGCUUCGUUGGCCGCGAGGGAGCGGCUCCAGAACUGGCGGACAUCUGGCGCAGUUUCGUGCUGCCAAGGGUGGUGGUGCGGGCCGCCGCCGACGUGCGCAAACGCACAUCGCGCCGCCCAUGA